AAACAAAUGCUCAGCGUUCCUCUCGUCCUGCUCACGGGAAGGCAAGAGAUUUGGUGAGGUUUCUAGUUUUACAAAGGUCUGAAACGAAACGAUGCUGUCGGCAAUGAUAAAAGAUCAUCAGGCCAAGCAGGCGGCCAAAAAGGAAGAUCAAGAGCGCCGCCGAAAGGAAGCAAUCAUGUCUGCGAAUGAGCUUACGCAAAACCUAGUCGACCAUCUGAAUGUUGGUGUUGCCCAAGCGUACCUUAAUCAGAAGCGGCUGGAUGCGGAAGCCAAACAGCUGCACGUCGGGGCCACCAACUUUGCCAAACAGACGUCUCAGUGGCUUGCGCUGAUUGAAAAUUUCAACGGAUCGUUAAAGGAAAUAGGAGACGUGGAAAACUGGGCAAAAACGAUCGAAAACGAUAUGAAUGUCAUCACGACUGCAUUAGAAAUCGCGUACAAAACCAGCCGAGAGAAGUGAAUCUCUCUCCCCUUGUCGAAAACAAAGCAUGUAUCAUCACUUACAGCAGCUUCGUUGCAGUGUGUUCUAUUUUUUUUAUUGCGUUGUGACGUUAUUUUAUUGCAAGUGUUAGGAAAAAUAUGAUUUUAAGAAACAUUCCGAACUAAUAUCUACACUCUACCAUCUUUUGAGCACUAGUCCACGUAAUUGUGAUUGUUUAUGAUGAGAAAUAUUUUCAACCAAUUGCACGAUUAUGAAAUAAAGGAAAUUUGAAAGCAAA